CAGCAGCUGCUGCACCAACAAAUCUCUGCUACCCGGCGCAUCAUUUCAUCAUUUUCUGACUUUACGACACUGACCAUCACAGUUAAACGUCAUUCUCAAAGACUGAAAGGAUGGAGAAUGGAACUGAAGACUAUGAUAUGACCUGGCCUACAGAUGACCCAAAUGAACUGUGCGACAUCAGUCCCGUCCCUGCAAUGUUCUCCGCCCAAACCUGCAUCCACUCCAUCAUCUGUUCGGCAGAGAAUCUGAUCGGCAACAUUCUCGUCAUUGCCACCUACGCCUUCUACAAGAGAACCAAGACCAUGACGGACGUCUAUCUCCUCAACGUGGCUUUGGCAGACUUGAUUUUCGUGGUGGCUCUGCCACUCAUUGUAUACAAUGAGCAGGAAGGCUGGUCCAUGGGUGUCGUGGCUUGCAAGAUCCUACGCUCGGCCUACAGCAUCAACCUUUACAGCGGAACGUUGCUGCUCGCUUGUAUCAGCUGCGAUCGUUAUGUCGCCAUCGUUCAGGCUCGACGCUCCUUCGGUUCUCGCUCCCACUCCCUGACCUACAGUCGUCUCGUCUGCUCAGCAGUUUGGGUGUUGGCAGGGGUUUUAACUCUGCCUACGCUCAUCUUCACUAAGGUCUUUGAUGAAAAAGAUGUCAACGAUGAGACUGUCACGGCGACUUGUCUGAUGCAUUUCAGCUCUGAGGACACAGCGGUGUUAAUAAAGUUGCUGGUGCCGAGCUUUCAGAUGGCCGUCGGCUUCCUCCUGCCGCUGUUGGUGAUGGCGUUCUGCUACUCGUGCAUCGCGCACACCCUGCUGAGAGCUCAGAGCAGCGAGAGGCACAAGGCCCUCCGCGUGGUGGUGGCUGUUGUCGUGGUUUUCAUUGCCUGCCAUCUUCCCUACAAUGUGGCUCUGCUGCUUCACACCAUGUCUCUCUUCAAGCAGAGAGACUGUGCAGCUGAGAGGAUCAAAGUCCAAGCUCUGGAGAUUUCCCGGAGCGUGGCCUACCUUCACUGCUGUCUCAAUCCCAUCCUCUACGCCUUCAUCGGAGUCAAGUUCAGGAGCCACUUCCUGCAGAUAAUAUCAGAUCUGUGGUGCUUUGGCAAGAGGUUUGUCUCCUCCUCUCGUUCUUCGUGUGGGGCUUCUGACGUUUGCACCUCGGGCUGGAAGAUCCCAGAAGGCUCCAACAUGUCGUCCUUCAGUGCGUGA